CGCGUUCGGUACUCUCGCGCGAUCUCAUCUCCGCGUCCCCACUCGGAUGCUGCGGCCGUUGUCGCGAGUUUAAUUAUGCUCUCUCUCGAAUACUUUGACAGUCUUGUAAAAUUCAUAGCAAUUAUGUAAUUUACACUUUUUCGAAGAUAGUUAUUUAGUGUACAAUGAAACUUUAUUUUUGAACUUAGUUGUUAUGGCGAAAAAAAAAGUUUUCUGAAGUCAAAUGCAGAAUGUUGAAAUUAAUUUUAAUAUUAGGGGCGCUCUCGCCGGCUCUGUAUUGUUCGUGCUCUGGUCCGGAGCUGGCUGCACCGGCCCCCCCGGCUAUCUCCCCCCCGCCGCCCGACGUAAAACGAUGUCGACGAAUGGCGGCGAGUGAGUCGGGGGUGGGGAAGCUCCGUGGUAUGGGCGUCGAGAACAAAGCAAGAUACGUCUCGCGGAGUUCACACGGCGGAGGAAAACGUUAUUCUCUUUGUUUAAGAAACGAAAACACGGGACUGAUGAAUAAGGAACAAAACGUCAACAGUUCAGCGGGACUUGCCAGCGAAACAGUAAUCAAAGAGGAAGCUAGGAAUGCGGGAAUUAAUACAAAACCGGAUGAAAUUAGUUUAUCCGAAUGCAGUACUCUACUUGUGUGUAAGCCACCACGACCAGUGAGAAAGAAUCGUCUUUUCAAAGUAAUGAAAAAUAUACUUUUUAGAUGCGACGUUUCUGAUACAGAACACUUGUUGGUUCACCGGCGGAGAAAUGUAACACGAUGCUCGUUAGUGAGGAAAACGGGCAAUGUACUCCCGUUAAAACGAAAACGCUUAAAACGUUCUUCAGAUUCUCGUCCCGAGCUGGUGUAUACGUUUAUUGAGCAAGCGGUACAGCCUGGAGCGCAGGUGGCUUUAAAAUGCUCGGCAGUGGGCGAGCCUCCCCCAAGGUUCAAGUGGACAGUGGACGGUCAGGCGAUACCAUCACAUCACGGAGCGUCAAUAACUGAAGGCAGAGAAUCUGGGCCGUCUAGUUUAGGUCCCAGUAACAACUACGUGCUGUCCACUUUGUCUCUGAGCAGUGCCAGGGUUGAGCACGGCGGGAGAUACGAAUGUCGCGCCACCAAUAAUCACGGAAGUGUCGCUCACGCAGCGAGAUUGAAUGUUUACGGUCCCCCCUACAUCCGAGCUAUGAAUCCCGUGAAGGCCGUCGCCGGAACUGAAGUAACCAUUUGGUGUCCCUAUUACGGAUUCCCUAUAGAUUCAGUGAAAUGGGAGGGAGGCGCCGGCAUAGAUCCGCGGUACCCGCAGUCAGAUGGCCAGUUGACGAUAACAAACGUUGAUUGGAAUAGAGAUAAAGGAAGCUGGGUUUGUUCAGUUCUUACUCCUGGUGGAGAGCUGGCUAGGCGGGAGGUACAAAUAACAGUGGUAUCGCCGCCGGUAUUAUCGCCAAUUGUGUUUCCGCCAGGACUUAGAUCGGGAGAUAGAGCUCAACUAACUUGCACGGUUACAUCUGGAGAUAUGCCCGUUUAUUUUUCCUGGUUAAAAGAUCAAAUCCCAAUUUCAAGUGCACUUCAGGUAGAUGAAAGAGGAGCAGAAUUUUUCAGUAUGCUCCUAUUCAAGAGUUUGACUGCUGCACACAGUGGUACUUACACUUGUGUAGUCACGAAUACAGCUGGAAAAGCUAAUGUCUCUGUGGAAUUAGCUAUCAAAGUUCCCCCGUAUUGGCAAAUUGAACCUUCAGAUGCUGCAGUGCUAUUAAACGGAUCGCUGACCGUUAGUUGUGAAGCACGUGGCCAUCCACCACCAAAUAUAUACUGGACUAAAUUUUCGGGUAGUACCGAAACUUCAUUAGGUGGAGUAUCGGACCCCGUCGUUUUGACAAAUGGAUCUUUGAGAUUAGAAUCAGCGCGAGCGGAACAUUCUGGAAAGUACCGUUGCAGGGCUGACAAUGGUGUCGCUCCACCCUUAUCUAAAACUCUUAAUAUACAUGUUAAUGAGCCAGCAAGAUUUGAAAUUCAGUCAAUCAACGUUACGGCGAAGCUUGGUGAAACGGUGAGGUUAGCAUGCGUAGCUCGUGGAGAUAGCCCCCUGUCUACGGCGUGGAGUCAUUCCGGAAGAGCUCUACCGAACUCAGACUACAGAAUGAGUAUUUCAGAAACAAGGAGCACUGAGGGAUUGAGAAGUGAAUUAGUCAUAGAGAGAGCUGAUCGUAGAGAUUCUGGAGUGUAUCGAUGCCAAGCUUCUAAUCCUUUCGGUAGAUCGGAUCAUUUUGUGCAUCUCGCCGUUCAAGAACCACCAGAACCGCCAUCUAAUUUUCGAGUUUUGGAUACAACUUCACGCUCUGUUCGGUUGCAAUGGAGAAGACCGUACGAUGGAAAUUCUCCAGUUUUGGGCUACGUCGUUCAGUAUAGAAAACAUGAUUCCACAAGUUCGGAUCUAUGGAGAGAUGCCGAGACCCAUAAUGUUACAGUAUCUGUGCAAAGCGGUAAUUCCUACUCUGAGACCGAAAGCGCGACGAUAAAUGGGUUGGAACCAGCUACACCUUAUUUGGUUAGAGCGCGCACUGUUACAGCGCAGUUUGCUUCAGCACAUACGCGAGCCUUACUUGCGUUGACUUUACAUGAGCCUCCAUCACGGACUCCGAUUAAUUUGCGUGCGUCUACUCCUAGACCUUCUACAAUUGAAUUGAGUUGGCAGGCGCCACCUGCUUCUUCGUGGAAUGGAGAAUUAUUAGGAUACACCGUAUGGUGGUGGGCAUCAGCUGAUGGCUCAUUAUCGGGUGGUGCUGUGGGCAUGGAGUUUGCCACUGUUCGAGGACAGGUUACAAAAUAUAUUAUAGAGGGUCUUGAGCACUAUACACGGUAUUCUGUUAGUGUACGAGCUUUUAAUAGCGCUGGAGCCGGUCCAGCAUCGGCGCCAGUUAAUACUCUAACGCAAGAAAACGUACCAUCCGAAGGUCCCCGUGGCGUCAGAUGUCGUGCAGUUUCACCACAAAGUUUGAAAGUUGAAUGGUCCCCUCCUCCUGCCCAUUCACACAAUGGUGGUUUGAUCGGCUAUAAAUUAAUUUAUCGGCCAGAGCAUACGACAGAGUGGCUUGAGUGGGAGGUGCGUGCUGGUGGGGGCUCUAACGCAGGACCGGGUGCUGAAGUCAAAAGGGUAUCUGCUGUUGAAACCCUGCUAUUGGCUUUGAGACCACACACAAAUUACACUAUUCAAGCAUUAGCUUAUACUAAUGUUGGAGACGGUGUUCCCGCUCAUCCAGUUCAUUGUAGCACCCAACAAGAUACUCCUGGACCACCCGCAGCUGUUAAAGUUGUACCCACUUCAGUAACGUCAUUAGCCAUUAGUUGGUUACCACCUAAUCGCCCGAGCGGUCCUAUACUUUACUACACAGUGUUUUAUAGAGAGCUUGGCAGGGACAGACCCCCGCAAACUACAACUGUCCAAACGGACGAUAGUGAGUUUAUGGUCGGAUUAGGAGGAUCGACAGAACUAAGAGCUUUAGCCGAAGGAGCUACCUAUGAGGCUUGGGUGGCAGCUCAUUCUGUAGUAGGAGAAGGAGAGCCGUCUGCUCCGCAACCUGCAACAACGACUUCUAGAGCGGGAGCUAGAUUGCUGUCGUUCGGAGUGUGGGUUCGAGUACAGUGUGGUCAUCCAUUGAGGUUAGCAUGUGCUUGGCGCGGGGAACCGGCUCCAAGAGCGCGAUGGUUACGAGGGGACAGGCCGGUCACAUAUGACCCGAGGGCUACACUCACUCCUCAUGGACAUCUAGCAAUACAUGAAGUGGAUGCUUCUACGAGCGGUAACUACACUUGCUCAGCUCGUAAUUCGUUUGGUUCUGAAGAAGUGACGUAUCGCGUUGAAUGUGCCAGUCCGCCACUACCUCCUACGCUCACAUUGGACUACGUGGCGCAUAAAGAGGCCAAACUCUCCUUGAAAACAACACAUCAUCCAUCGGCACCUCCUCACGGUUUCACGAUCUGGUGGUUACGUGUGAGAGACGAUUUGAACGACGGAACUGAACAGACGAAUACACGAGGCGAAGAAGAAAGAAGAUUAGAAACUGGCGGUGAAGUUGUUAGUGUGGUGCUAAGGGCGUUGUCUUGUGGUGCUGUGUAUUCAGUCCGAGCUGUGGCCCAUUCUAGAGCGGGACCCUCAUCGUUUUCAGCACCGCUGUUGGUGCGAACUAAACCACCAGUUUUAGUUUGGGAAGGAGGAGGGGAGCUUGACAAUCCAGAGGAACUUGCUGAAGCAGCUGUUUGGAGUAAUAGCAGCGCGUUAGCUAUAGAUGCUCGUAGGGCUGUACGAUGCGGGGCUCGUCUAGUGAGGCUGCAGUGGAGGAGGGCUGAUGCUGCGGGCUCAGCUGCUUGGAGAGACGCUGAUCUUACCUCAUUGCACCACCACAGGGAGGUGGUGAUCGGUGACCUCACCGCCGGAGCCUGGUAUGGACUGCGUUUGUGGACGGCCACUGAAUCUGCCAGACACCAAGCUACAAUAUAUGCGGCUACUACUACGCAUUCUGGAGAGCGUCUACGUCGUCCCGUGGCAUUUCUCUCGGAAGGACCUCAGGUGACCACCGCCGGCUCCAACGCGGACACUGAGAGAGUUCUUGGGGCUGUGUCGUUAGCGUUUGCCGCACUAGCCGCGCUUGCUGUCACAGCCCUAUUGCUUGUCCUUGUCGCGAAACGAAGCAUGCUGUGGCCUUGCUCUGGUCAAACCGAGGAAGAAGUCCGACGCUGUAACCACUCAGUCGGCAGCACUGAUAAAUCGGUCUGCCCAGAACAGCAAAACAUACGGAAUUGUCAGCACGAUUACAAACACGACAAACUAUCGCCAGCGUCUGACGUAUACGAGAUAAGUCCGUAUGCGACGUUUGCUGUGGGUGGCGAGGCCGCGACCGCGACCCUGGACCACACGUUGCAGUUCCGCACGUUCGGGCAUCGCGACAACGAUGCUCCCCCCCACAGACCGUGCAGAAAGCAUCCUCAAAGACAUCGAGAUAGACCUGAAGUUGAGAAGCAUCAUUCAGAUUGCGAAUUGCAACAGUUGAGUCGAUACGAGAAAGUUAGACCGCGGCACUGCGCUGGUACAUCUUACUGUGUACCACUUUCCCAUCACGGUGGGGGCAGCGGCGGUGGUGGUGGCAGCGGUGGUGGGUUUUCGGAAGUGUACGCGGGUGAUUCCAGCGUGGAGUCGGGGCCGGGGUCACUCUCACCUCGCACGCACCUCGAGCACAGCUAGCGCCACCCUCACAGCCAAGCGAUACCACGAACUAUACGUUCAAAUUAAAAACUCCGUUGACAUCUCUGACAUAAUCGUGACAACUCUGGAUAUCAAACACGAAAUAAACCUAUCAAGAACUGAUUUUAAUCAUCACAUAAACAUUUUAUAGCCUAACCGAAUAUGAACGUGAAACUAUUGAGUAAUUUGGUCGUGCAAUUUUUUUUUUUUUAAUAUUUGUGUAAUAUCCGAUUCUUUAAUGCAAUUAUUGAAAUUGAAUAACAAUUAUGGUAGAUUUUUACGUCAAAUUCUAUGAUGCAACAGAUUUGUCAAAUAGUUUUUCAUGCUAAUUGCAUUUAUAUAUUGCAUUUUCUGAUGUAACAUUGCUUGUAACAAGUUGCAUUUUUCAUAGUUCACUAGAACAUUUCGAAUUUGUGACUCAACUCGACCGUUUCGGAAAAUUUCAGAUAGCGUUUUAUUUUUAAAAUUUUGCUACAGAUAUAAGGUGGCUCUUUUUUAUCUUAUGUAUUUCGAAAGAUGUAUUAUUUUGUACAUGUUUUCGAUCCGAUAUCUACAACAUACAAACUACUGACAAUAAUUUUAGCUGCGAGGUUUAUUUUCGCUAUUAAAAAAAGAAAUUUCUUGAAAAAAAGCAACAUUUCUUUCAGAUCAGUUUUAGUGGCCACUUCAAACUGGAACGUAGUAUAGCUUCGCUGCAUAAAAUAGUAGGGCGUUGUACUUAAGCGUGUGAGAUCACAAUAAGCCCGAUCACCAGUAAAAAUGGAACUCAAUUCGUGGCUAAAAUAUUAAAAAUCGUCGUGUCUAACUUUGUGGGGUCAGAAUACGUUCAACCACAACUAAGACCAAGUUAAUUAAGUCGACCACAAUAAGUUGACGCUUUAACUUAUCAAUGUCAUCAGCGGUGAGGAGUUACGUUAAUAAAUCGUCUUUGGAGCAAGCCAUCGAACUAUAUUUAAAAAGUAGAUAUUUUUUUAAACUUAAUGUAUCUGGAAAUAGUUCCAUUUACGACAAUUACUCUACAAUUUACGACUGUAAUUUGAAAUUGUGCCAAAUUUUAAAAUCACUGCCACAUGUAUGCCGAAAUUAUAGAUAGUUCGGUUUGUGUUCUUCUUGUUCGAGAUCGUGAAAAAUAAAUAAAAUUUCAUAAAUACAGGACAUAUUUCAAUAUUUUUAACAAUUACGUAUGUACUAGUCUGGUUUUAGUUUUAAAUUUUCUUUUCAGUAUGUUUUUAUCUUUAUCUGUUUCCGUAUAUUAUAAUAGUUUCUUUUAUAUUUUGCAAUAUAUCCAAGAAACAGUUACAUCUUUAGCUAAAUUAUGAUAAAUUAUUAGGUUUAAAACAAUACGUACAUAAUUGAUAAAAAAUAUUCACAGUUCACGUUUUGGGUACACAUAACACAAAUCUAAUAAAACAUAGCAUCUAUUAUUAUAUUUAGUACUAGCGACCCGCCCUCGCUUCGCUUCGGAAGCAUUAAAGCUUUUUAUUGAUAGCUGAGUCCCGCGAUAUUAUUGUCCUACCGCAGGUGACGCCGCGGCGCGAAGCUAGUCUAAAAAAAGUAGCUUAAGUUACUCCUUAUAUCAUCAGCUAUCAUCAUCAGUCUCGUCAAAAUCGGUCCAGGCGUUCCAGAGAUUGGCCGAAACAAACGAACAGACGGACAAAAAUUGUAAAAAGUUAUGUUGGUGUAGGUACCGUAUAUGUAUGUAGUAAAAAACGGUUAUUUCAAUAUUAUAAACAGACACUCCAAUUUUAUCUAUAUGUAUAGAAGAUACUAAGUAAUUAAAAAAAUGCUAAUACUUACAAUAAUCUUUAAUAAAUUGCUCUUUUUUCUAUUAUAAUAAACUAACAAGGCCUAAUUUAGUUCGUAAUUUUUUACAGCUAGCAUAAUCAUAAGUCUCGAAAUAUUUCACAGACAAUUCACAUCCGUAUAAUUGUGAAUUAGACCUUAUUCAGUGUUGUAUAAAAGGGUGUUAAAAAUAUGUAUAAAUAGCUCAUGUAAAAUUAAGUUUGAAGUUUUAUCUUUGCAUUUCAGUCAAAUUAUAAGUGAACUCGUUUUGAAUGAAAUCGGGGCACUUAAAAGCGAAAAGUAACAAGAAACAAGAAAAACAAACAUUACUCUACGGAACUUUUGUCGAGAAUUUAGAUUUUAGCUUAACAGAACGUGGUCAGAUAAUAAUGUAUGACUGAAAAACUGUUUUUGGGUUUGGCAACAUUACCAAUAAGCGAAUAGUAAGUGCGUUUCGAUCUCCGUAAAUUAUGAAAAUAUAACUAUUAUGACAAUUUAAAUUUUUAUUCCAUAAUAUAGAAUAAUUUUCAUAUCGAAAAAUAUGUUAAAAUAUUGAUUGCCAAAUCAUAAAAAAAACGGUUUCAACUUUUCAACCAACCGUUUUUUUGACACUAACCCUCCCUACAUCAUUUAAAUCAUUUAACCUUCAAGAAAUUACCAAGCGGCAUUCUUUUUCAAAUACACGUUCAUUAGGUGUAGUUGUUUGUAGCUAGAUCUAUAUAGGGUAAAUUGCGUGCGUCCGUCGGUUUAAGGGAAUGAUUGUUACCGAAAAAAGGUAGGGAGCCCACUGAAUAAGCCCUAAUGAGAAUCUUCGGGAUUCGCAUCUUUUAAUUCAAUUUAAGGUAGGUACUCAUUAGUUAAACAAGACGUUUAAUUAGAGAUUAGUCUGUAUAUUCCUCAAUUUUAAAUCGCAUUCCGCUACAGACACAUAAAAUAUUAGAAGCGAUUCUAUCGAAUAAUAGUGGAAAUACACUAGUUAUUUCAUUUGGUUUAUUUAUAUUAUCGUACUAUAUGUAUAUUCUGAAUAAAAUAGAAUUAUAGCAUUUAAUUAAAUUAUAUUUCUAGACUUAACUAGAAUGAAUAUCUGUGUCGGAUGACUAUAAUAUUUAAAAAAUUGAGAAAAGAAAUUUGUGACUCUAGACAAGUAACAAAUCACAAUAUAUUGGGUUUCUCAAACAGGCCCCGGAUUUCAAAGUUAAACAAACACUUGUUACAAAGUUUUUUCGUUUCUUACUUCUCUUGCUACUAAUGGGCGGACGCACGGUACUAAUAAUUAGUUUCUGUAAAUAGUAAAUUUUAGUCAGACUGAUAUUAAAGUCUCUAUUGAUUCGGAGCUUAUAAGUGUAAAUACGAUACAUUUUCUAGAUAUCUACGAACUCUAGUCAAUUUCAUUUAAAUGUUCUACGACAAUAUAAUUGUGUGUUUUGUAUAUAAUUUGAUUAUGCCUAUGACGAUAUAUGUAUGUUUGGUGUAAAAUAAAUUUAUUUAUGAGAA